GCCAACUCAAAGAACGGCAGUCCCAAAAAGAAGACGAAAGUUGCUCAUGGUCAGAAACGUCUCGAUGCUUUCUUCACCCAAGACAAUUCUCGAUCCUUACCUGGUCCCUCGGGCCUAGCUCGGCCAUCGAAAGCCCCCUCAGGCUCCAACGCCGCUAUCUCAGACCCCUCCUCUCCUGUAGCGUCACAGUCGCAGCUUCAUAUGAAGGGACCACGCUCAAAUGGAGAGCCUCGUGACACGUCUUCCUCGACAGUCCAAGGUCCUUCCACGUCCACUCCUAAUACGAAGCCUAGCAGACCUCAAAUCGUCGAGGGCACUCAUUCAGGAAAUCCGCCACGUCUUGAGCAGCCCUCACCUCACGAAAUUAUCGAUGUAGAUGCGUUUUACGAUGAUGGUCCGCCACCAGAGCGCUUCUCUGGACCGUCUUUAUCUAGCAAGGUGUCUGUCAACAAAGUUGAACCAUCUAUGCUGGUCUCAGCGACUGUCAUUACCCCUAUAGCCAGUUAUCCAGACUUAGGGGUGGACCCACCGCUAUUCGAUAUCUCUGCUGUCCCUCUAGCAGAUGAUAAAGCGAUCCCAUACUCUUUUCUCGCCCAUACGCUGUUUACUCUUUCGACUACGAGAUCACGGAACAUCAUCACCAAUUCUUUGACCAACGCCCUUCGAACUAUUUGCGCCGUUCACGAGCCGUCACUCAUGCCAUCACUGUAUCUACUUUCGAACUCAAUAUCUCCUCCAUAUCUCUCGCUGGAACUCGGUCUGGGGCACUCAAUCAUCUCUAAAGCUAUUCAGAACGUCUCUGGUCUGACGCCCGCCGCACUUAAGAGGCUUUACAAUCAGAAGGGCGACCCCGGAGAUGUGGCCUUCGAAGCAAAAGCCAAUGUACGGACGCUACUACCUCAUGCACCUCUCUCGAUCGUCGGGGUUUACCAGUCUUUGCUCAAAAUCGCUACCGCCAAAGGUGAAGGUUCGGUAAAACACAAGCAGUCGAUCGUCGAAAAGCUCCUCGUCUCGGCCAAAGGCGAAGAAAUUCGUUUUCUUGUUCGUACGCUCGCCCAACAUAUCAGAGUUGGCGCAGUUCGAACUACGAUCCUUACAGCUCUGGCCCGAGCCAUGGCUCUUACGCCCCCGCGCGCUGUCAAGGUUCGCCAGCGACCCUUUUACGCCUCCCCUCCGCUGCUCACUCGUGUCACCAAUGCCGAGUCUACGAAAGGCAAGAAGGAUGUCGACGCAUCUCGCGUGGAGCUGGAAGCUAUAUAUGACGCAGCAGAAGGUCUCGUCAAGCAGGUAUUUGUGCAACAUCCGAGUUAUGACGAUAUAGUGGUAGGACUUCUGGCGAAGGGACUGGAUGGCCUCGCAGAGUCUGUUCCCUUGACGUUGGGCAUUCCGCUGCAUCCGACACUUGGCUCUCCCAUGCGCUCACUCGAUGAUGUCUACGAACGACUUGGAAACUUGCCAUUUGCAGCCGAGUUCAAGUAUGAUGGCCAAAGAGCGCAAGUGCAUGCCUGGAAGGAUGCGACUGGUCAAAUAUUUUUCAAGCUCUUCAGCCGACAUCUUGAAGAUAUGACAGACAAGUAUCCAGAUAUCAAAGUACUGGUCCAGCACGUCUUCGCGUCUUCGCCAGAAACGGCCUCAUUCAUCAUUGACGGCGAGAUUGUCGCCGUCGAUGCGAAGGAUGGUAGCCUCAAGUCCUUCCAAGAAUUAUCCAAUCGGGCGCGCAAGGCUGUUGAGCUCCACGAAGUUACGAUCACAGUAUGUUUAUUCGCUUUUGACCUGAUGUACUUGGAUGGGAAGACUUUGUUAGAGGUUCCCUUCAGGCAGCGACGGCAGAUGCUCCGCAGCCGUUUUCCGCCCAUUGCAUUGGACCGACCAGGUGCUGCUCGCUUCGACCAUGUCGAAAGUGUUGAAUGCUCGGGAUCCGAUGCGGACAAGGAAGCUGUGGAAGAAUUUUGGAUCAGAGCAGUGGAGAGCCGCUGUGAAGGUCUAAUGAUCAAGGUCCUCGACAGCGGCGAGAUUGUCGAAGUCUCGGGACCUCGAUCUGAGAAAACGAGGAGGAAGCCUCUGCCAGCAACUUACGAACCCGAUAAACGCACUUCCGCCUGGCUGAAACUGAAGAAGGACUACGUCACUGGGUUAGGAGAUAGUUUUGACCUCGUUCCCGUAGGGACAUGGCACGGAAUUGGGCGAAAGACUGCGUGGUGGAGCCCUGUCCUACUCGCUCUCAGAGACCCAGACUCAGGGGCAAUGGUAGCGCUGUGCAAGUGCAUGUCAGGGUUUUCAGAUGGCUUCUACAAGCAAAUGAAGGAAAAAUACGCAGAAGACUCUGACAAUUGUUCCCGGCAGCCUUUGUGGGGCGAAAUAGAAGGAGGGUACAGGCCAGCCGUCUACUUCAGGCCACAUGAAGUGUGGGAAGUUCGAGGCGCCGACAUCACCUUGAGUCCAGUGUCCGUUGCGGCGAAGGGCAUGGUGUCUGAUCGCGGAUUGAGCCUGCGCUUCCCCAGAUUUAUGAAGGUUAGAGACGAUAAGUCCAUUGAACAGGCUAGCACGCCGACUUUCUUAGCGAGUGUCUAUCGGAAGCAGCAAGGGAAGGAUCAGUCGGGCGCUGAUGAUGGUCAACUUCUUGACCCUGAGUCCUCAGACGAAGCGGAAGAGGAAGAGGAAUCCGGUUAGCGUGGAUGGAGCAGACUUGGUUAGGG